ACAAUUAACACACUAUUUAUUGAAUUAAAACAAGUUAUUUAUUUUUGGUUCUAUUACUAAUAAACCUGUACAUGUGAAUAUUAACAUUUAUUUUUUUAUUUUUGUGUUCUAUAUUACAAUAUCUUAAACAAUUAUUGUGUGACUUGUGUGUCUUUUGUGUAGUAUAAAUAAAUACAAAAGAAAUGGCACCAACACCAAUUUCAAAUACAAUGCUGUCCGAUAUGGAUACGUUGCCCUCGAUUAAAUUGGGGGAUUUUAUAUUAAGAUUCGAAAUUGACCCUCCAACAUCAGAAAUGUUAGAAGUAGCACGAAAAGAAUUACGCGAAACACCAGAAGUAUCUGAAAAGGCUGUGAAAGAACUACGAGAAUUAUUAAAAGAAGAAGAAGAUUUAUACGUUCCACUAGACAAUGAUUAUUGGUGUAUCCGCUUUUUACGUCCUUGCAAAUUUUAUCCUGAAAGUGCUCGUGAUUUAAUUAAACGAUAUUAUUCAUUCAAAGUGAAACAUGCUAAUGUUUAUGAUGGUUUAAUGCCAAGCAAAGAAAAAAAUAUAUUUGAACAUAAUAUACUAACGGUGUUGCCACAACGUGAUCAAUUUGGACGUCGUAUUCUAGUUAUUGAACUUGGAAAGAAAUGGAAACAUAAUAAAUGUUCACUAGAUGAAGUAUUUAAAGGAUGUGUACUGUUUUUGGAAGCCGCUAUGUUAGAACCUGAAUCACAAAUUUGUGGUGCUGUAGUUAUAUUCGAUAUGGAUGGUUUGUCACUUCAACAAACAUGGCAAUUUACACCACCAUUUGCUAAGAGAAUUGUUGACUGGUUACAGGAUAGUGUACCGUUACGUAUCAAAAAUAUUCAUAUUGUAAAUCAACCUUACGUGUUCAACAUGGUAUUCCAAUUAUUCAAACCAUUCUUACGUGAAAAACUAAAGAGUCGUAUUAUAUUCCAUGGAACCGAUCGUAAAUCAUUACACAAAUAUUUAAGUCCAAAAUGUUUACCAGAAGUAUAUGGAGGAAAUUUGGAUAUACCUCGUGUCAAUGGUAGUCAGUGGUAUGAAUUAUUGUUAAUGUGUGAUAAAGAAUAUGAAGCCAUUAAUAAAUAUGGAUACAAGAAGAAAAUUGCCGAUUGAACAAGAAGUAUAAAUGAAAUUCAUCGAUAUUACUAUGAAUAACAAACAUUAUUUAAAAAUUGUAUAUUUUUUAUUGACCUUAAGACAUUUUGUGUAAACGAUCGAUAUAAAAUAUUUUUUUAAUUUAAAUAUAAAUAUCAAAUUUUAGUAGUUAACAAUUUGGAAAAGACAAAAGAAGUAAUCGCUCAAAUCUUUUUACACUUAUUAUAAUAAUACAUAAUCUAUAUUAUAUGUUGUUACUUAAUUCAUUUAUAGAACUAUUUUUUUGAUUGUACAUUUUUUAUUGUUUCUUUUUAUAUACAAAUGAUUUUAUUUUAAGGGAUGAUGAAUUUUAAAAAGAAAUUUUAUUUUUAUUUGUGUAGAAGAUUAUUAAAUAUAUUAUUUGUUAAAUAAUUUUUAAGUACAAAACUUCAUUAUUUAAAAAUGUGUUACAUAAUAUGCAACUCCUUUUUUGUUUUCGUUACACAACAAGCUUCAAAUGAAAGAUGACACACAAUGUUCACGUGCUGUUAAGAUUGCAAUUUCUUUUAAAAAUAAUAAGAGGGUAAUCAAUAAUUUCGAUAUUCUGUUUGCAACGAUUAUCAUAAAGGUUUCGAAAAAAGCCAUUAUAACCACAGCCUUCAGCUCUUCAUAUCUUUUACAACCAAGAUACUUAUUCAAGUAAGAGAAAUAAAUAUUUAGGGAAUAAUAUGGUGAAAAUGGUUCCAGAAAAAGAAAUUUUAACUUAUUCAUUUUGACCAUUGCCACUAAAAUUUUGCAAUAAGUUCAGAAUUGUAAACUUAUUUGUCUAAUGUUUCCUUGAUGAAGAUAAUCCAUAAGUACUAUCCCAUGUAUUCCAAAAUUUGACGUCAUAAGUAAUAUUACCAGAAAAAUGGAACUGUUGUCAUCUUUGUUGGAGACGAUCUUUAGUUUCGCUGUUUCUUUAUCUCAGAUAUAAAAUGGUGUGCUCCAAAGAGAGUGGAUAGAGUAAAUCGUAGUAUACAAGUUUCAGCGCCUUUACCGAGUAAGGCUUUCAAAUAUAAUAGUUAAUAGUCCCCUCUGCAAAGGCCAACAAACUUAAUAAUUGAUUGCCACAAACUCCAGAAUUUUGACGUCUAUGUUUUCGUUUACAAGUCAAAUCGACGAUAUUAUUCAUAAAACCACUUAGUUGUUAUCGCCCCAUGUGAUUUUUAAUUACUCCAAAUUGAACUCCAUAGCGUACAGAUGGAACUAUUAAAUUUUCGAUAAUAUGUGGCUAUAAUUUGUAUUAUUUACAAAUAUAUCUACGAAUUGAAGGAAGGCCACAGACUUCAGAAUUCUGACGUCUAUGUUUUCGUUUACAAGUCAAAUCGGCGAUAUUAUUCAUAAAACCACUUAGUUGUUAUCGCCCUAUGUGAUUUUUAAUUACUCCAAAUUGAACUCCAUUGCGUACAGAUGGAACUAUUAAAUUUUCGAUAAUAUGUGGCUCUAAUUUGUAUUCUUUACCAAUAUAUCUACGAAUUGAAUGAAGGCUUAAGCCACUCACAAUUAUAUUUCUGCUUUUUCUCUCCCUUAUAUUCUUUCGUGUGCUCAUGUUUCCCCGGAUUCAAAAACUGCGUCUUAUUGAUGUAAAAUAUUACCAAAUACUCGAACUUUUUUAUUCAAUUGUGAGAAAGUUUUUAGUCCAUAUGCUCAACAGUCACUUUUUUACAUCAAUACCAAUUUUUUGCAUAUUUACUCACUAACCGAUCAGUUUUGAUGGCUGAGAAUUUAAAUCUAUCAUACAAUUAUAUUUUUCAGAAAUUUAUACCUAGAUCUAUUACAAGAAAUUUAAAUGAGAGUAGGGCCGAAACUGCAACACAAAUUGUUGAUGCCCCGGACUCCUCAAACUGAGCAGUCUGGCAAGAGUUAAAAUAAGGAAAUUAUCUAAAUCUAAUCUAAAAAAUUUUCUAAAGACUCAAAAAAACUACCGAUCUGGUAGGUACCAUUCGCGCACAAACGUAGGAACUUUCCAGUUACAAGUUCCUGAAUUUGUAACAAAAUAUCGCAAUCGCAUUUGUAAAAGAUUGCCAAAUUAUUAUUAAUAUAAGUUGGUAUGAGAUGUGAAUAUAAAUUGAAAAAUUCUAUAAUUUGUAUCCUAAUAACCGGAAGUUGCAACCCGCCAAGUGGCCCGCCAAUUUAGACUACUAGAUGACAAUACUUGUACUUACCAUUUUUAAAGGCCAAUCAAAAUAUUUGCUUUUUCAGUAGUUUCAAUUUAGACAACCAGGUUACUUACCAUUUAUAAAUACUAAAUUAUUAUCACAAGUUAUUUUAUUUAACCCCGGGCCUCUUCAUUUCAAAUCCGCGGACGUUUCUCUUUAAAAUAACACCUCUUUAAUUUACAAAACAGGCGCAGCGUGGAAUUUUUUACUCACGAUUUUAAUAAUAUGCGUACUUAAUGAGGGUUGGAGGGGUUAACUAAGUAAAUUUAACCACAUUCAUAUAUAAAUUUUGUUGUUGUUGUGUGAUAUAACGUUUAUGUCAUAGUUGAAAUAUUCGAUUGUACUGAAAAUGAAAAUAAUCGAAAACAUCUUCAAUUUUCGAUUAAUAAUGGUUUUAUUUAUUUAUUUUUGAUAGCAAAAGUAAAAAAGGAACGUUGUACGGGAUAUUGCACUCUGUUUAUUGUCAUUUAUUAUGUAACGUAUUUUUGUUUGGAAUUUAUUUGUAUUAUAUUCUUUUUAUAGUGAAUUUUAUUGUCUCAAAACAUUCCGAUGUUAAACAAAAAUUUUUAAAAAUAAAGGUUUUAAUAGUAGUAA